AUGUCCUGGCUGUCUAGAGGCAGGUCACAAUGCUACUUGGAGCAUCUCUGGUGGGGGCGCUACUGUUCUCCAAGAUAGUGCUGAAGCUGCCCUGGACCCAGGUGGGAUUCUCCCUGUUGCUCCUGUACUUGGGGUCUGGUGGCUGGCGUUUCAUCCGGGUCUUCAUCAAGACGGUCAGGAGAGAUAUCUUUGGUGGUAUGGUGCUCCUGAAGGUAAAGACCAAGGUGCGACGGUACCUUCAGGAGCGGAAGACAGUGCCCUUGCUGUUUGCCUCAACGGUACAGCGCCACCCCGACAAGACAGCCCUGAUUUUCGAGGGCACAGACACUCACUGGACCUUCCGCCAGCUGGAUGAAUACUCCAGUAGUGUGGCCAACUUCCUGCAGGCCCGGGGCCUGGCCUCAGGCAAUGUAGUUGCCCUCUUUAUGGAAAACCGCAAUGAGUUUGUGGGUCUGUGGCUAGGCAUGGCCAAGCUGGGCGUGGAGGCGGCUCUCAUCAACACCAACCUUAGACGGGAUGCCCUGCGCCACUGUCUUGACACCUCAAAGGCACGAGCUCUCAUCUUUGGCACCGAGAUGGCCUCAGCUAUCUGUGAGAUCCACGCUAGCCUGGACCCCACACUCAGCCUCUUCUGCUCUGGAUCCUGGGAUCCCAGCACAGUGCCCAUCAGCACAGAACAUCUGGACCCUCUUCUGGAGGAUGCCCCGAAGCACCUGCCCAGCCACCCAGACAAGGGCUUUACAGAUAAGCUCUUCUACGUCUACACAUCGGGCACCACAGGGCUACCCAAAGCUGCCAUUGUGGUGCACAGCAGGUAUUACCGUAUGGCUUCCCUGGUGUACUAUGGAUUCCGCAUGCGGCCUGAUGACAUUGUCUAUGACUGCCUUCCCCUCUACCACUCAGCAGGAAACAUUGUGGGGGUUGGCCAGUGCUUACUCCACGGCAUGACUGUGGUGAUCCGGAAGAAGUUCUCGGCCUCCAGGUUCUGGGACGAUUGUAUCAAGUACAACUGCACAAUUGUACAGUACAUUGGCGAGCUCUGCCGCUACCUCCUGAACCAGCCACCCCGUGAGGCUGAGUCUCAGCACAAGGUGCGCAUGGCACUGGGCAAUGGUCUCCGGCAGUCCAUCUGGACCGACUUCUCCAGACGUUUCCACAUCCCCCAGGUGGCCGAGUUCUAUGGGGCCACUGAGUGCAACUGUAGCCUGGGCAACUUUGACAGCCAGGUGGGGGCCUGUGGCUUCAAUAGCCGCAUCCUGUCCUUUGUGUAUCCUAUCCGUUUGGUACGAGUCAAUGAGGAUACCAUGGAACUGAUCCGGGGACCUGAUGGCGUCUGCAUUCCCUGUCAACCAGGCCAGCCAGGCCAGCUGGUGGGUCGCAUCAUCCAGAAGGACCCUCUGCGCCGUUUCGAUGGGUACCUCAACCAGGGUGCCAACAACAAGAAGAUUGCUAAUGAUGUCUUCAAGAAGGGGGACCAAGCCUACCUCACUGGUGACGUGCUGGUGAUGGAUGAGCUGGGUUACCUGUACUUCCGAGACCGCACCGGGGACACGUUCCGCUGGAAAGGGGAGAAUGUGUCUACCACUGAGGUGGAGGGCACGCUCAGUCGCCUGCUUCAUAUGGUGGAUGUGGCAGUUUAUGGUGUUGAGGUGCCAGGAACUGAGGGCCGAGCAGGAAUGGCUGCUGUUGCAAGCCCCAUCAGCAACUGUGACCUGGAGAGCUUUGCACAGACCUUGAAAAAGGAGCUGCCUCUGUAUGCCCGCCCCAUCUUCCUGCGCUUCUUGCCUGAGCUGCACAAAACAGGGACCUUCAAGUUCCAGAAGACAGAGUUGAGGAAGGAGGGCUUUGACCCAUCUGUUGUGAAAGAUCCACUGUUCUAUCUGGAUGCUCGGAAGGGCUGCUAUGUUGCACUGGACCGAGAGGCCUACACCCGCAUCCAGGCAGGCGAGGAGAAGCUGUGAUUCCCCCCUACAUCCCUCUGAGGGCCAGAAGAUGCUGGAUUCAGAGCCCUAGCGUCCACCCCAGAGGGGUUCUGGGCAUUGCCAGACCAAAGCUAGCAGGGCCCGCACCUCCGCCCCUAGGUGCUGAUCUCCCCUCUCCCAAACUGCCAAGUGACUCACUGCCGCUUCCCCGACCCUCCAGAGGCUUUCUGUGAAAGUCUCAUCCAAGCUGUGUCUUCUGGGCCAGGCGUGGCCCCUGGGCUCCAGGGUUACUGAUGAGCUCCUUUAGGAUGGUAUCUCGGGUCCAGAGGGCCAGGGUGUGGGAGAGGAGUCACUAAGAUCCCUCCAAACAGAAGGGAGCUUACAAAGGAACCAAGGCAAAGCCUCCAGACUCAGGAAGCUGAGUGGCCAGAGACUAUAGUGGCCCGCCAUCCCGUGUCCACAGAGGAUCUUGGUCCAGAGCUGCCAAAGUGUCACCUCACCCCGCCUGCACCUCUGGGGAAAAGAGGACAGCAUGUGGCCACUGGGCCCCUGUCUCAAGAAGUCAGGAUCACACACUCAGUCCUUGUUUCUCCAGAUUCCCUUGUUCUUGUCUUGGGGAGGGAGGGACGAGUGUCCUGCCUGUCUCAGAUGCAGCCUUCCUGCCUGUCUGUGAGUCUGUGUUGCUUCUCCAUCUGUCCUAGCCUGAGUGUGGGUGGAACAGGCGUGAGGAGAGGCUGAGGGGCCAAUAAACUCUGCCUUGACUCCUCUUAGCCUGACAGCCUGCUUCCUUGCCUACCUCCUUCCCCUCUAGCCCCUUUCACUUAGGCCUUGGGAUAAGCCCUUAGCCAGUCCGCUUUUCCAAAGAUCUGCCCUCCUAUAACUCCUUAGAAGCUCCCACCAGAUCUGACAGGAUGUUAAACUUUGGAACUUAACCUUUAGAAUAAGCAUGUGGCUUUGGGCAAGUGUCUCCUGAAUUAUGGGGGUAAUUAAGGGAUUCAGAAACUACACGAAGCCAUUAGGAGUGGGAGGAUACUUGGCAUCAUUGAGGGAAAGCCUGCUCCCCCCUGCACAGAACUGUCCAUGGGCCCAUGCACUGUUGCUCCAUCUUCUGCCAAAUGACCCAUUGGCACCUCCCCAGCCCUCUGAGGCUUUCAUGUCUGAGCUCUGUCUUCUUGGGCAGGAGGCCUCUGCACCCGGGUUGAGACUGACAGGCACCUUUAGGAUGGCCUGUCUAAUCCAGACAGGCUGCCUGGCAACCCUGGGCAGUCACCAGCACUUUGGUCCAGAUUCCUCCAGCCUGGGGAUCCUAACAGCCCAGGAUGAACUGCACAGGGUCCCUGUCUCCACUGUUGGACCUUCUCCAGUAUCUAAGAGGUCAAUUUCUUGGGUUCUGAGAUGGUUUUGUGUGGUUCUGAUUGGCAUUGUACUUGGUGUGUUGUUGAGAAUGGCCUUGACCUCAAGAUCCUCCUGCUUCCCCCCAGGUGCUGGGAUGAAAGACAUCUGGCUUGAGUGUUUUUGUUGUGGUUAUGUGUGCAUGACUCAGGUUUCUGCAAACAUGAGACCACAGGCCUCAGAAUCCUCUGGAACUGGAAUUAAAGGAGGGGGAUUUCUAGGAGCCAAACUGGGUCUCGAAGCACUUUUUUUUUUUUUUUGAGGGGGGGCUGUUGAUUGGUGUUCAAGACAGUUUCUCUAUGUAACAGCUCUGGACUGACCUCCAAUUUACAAAGACCCACCUGCCUCUGCCUCCAGAGUGCUGAGAUUAAAUGUGUGUACCA